AUGCGGCUUCGGAGAUGCUCCGCUCCACCCGCAAGGAGCCUGUCGCCCCGGCCCUGGCUAGGCCCAAGGGGCCUUCCCCAACGACUUCCCUGGCGGUCAGCCCUCUGCUCCGCUCCUACCUUCGGGGCACUAGACGGCCCACCCUGCCCCAGGGUUUGCCGAAACCCGAGGCGCGCCAGUGCUUCCGCUGUGGUGGUCACAUAUCAUGGCAGUGCGAGAAGUCAGAUGAGACAAUGCCCACUGCAGAGUCCGCUAGCAGCCCCCAUGUGCAUUUUGCUGCCUUCCUGGGAAAGGAGAGGACCAACGGCCCACCUGCUCCGUGAUGGUGAAUCACCGGGAUGUGGAAGCGUUGCUGGACUCUGGCAGUUCCCAUACCUUGGUGCAAGAGGCGGUGUUGGAGGAGCUGCCCCUGGGUCAAAACCAUUCCAUCCCAGUGGUCUGUGUCCACGGGGAGACCAGAGAGUAUCCCACAGUGGUGGUAAAGUUAACCACCACCAAGGGGGCCUUUGCCUUGGAGGUGGGGGUUGUCAAAACCCUCCCAGUCCUGAUCGGUCGGGACUGUCCAGCCUUCCCUAUGCUUUGGAGAGAAGCCCAACGGAGACGCUGCCGAGGACCCUGAUGAGGCAUUCCCAAGGUCCUGGCAUCUUCCACAACACCUCACACAAGGGCUCAUUCUAAUACUGGAACAGAAAGAUUUAUCCAUUUAUAAAUGAUAAGUGGUGUAUGAUGAUGUAUGGUGUCUUUAUCCUAUUGAUGUGCUAUGUUGUAUUGAUUGAGAAAUCAAUAAGGAACAGAAAAAGAAUUGGCAAAGUGCUGCGUAAAUGAUAAAACACAUUUCCUCUUGACAUUUUCAUUAUCAAAGCUGUUUUCGCCACUGGAUGCUGUAAAAUAAAUGAUUUUAGAUGUUCCCUAUGUAUGUACAACAUAUUAAGGACACUAAUGUUGACUUGUCUUUUACACAGUGCAUAUUUAAUUCGUCUCUGACAGGCUUGUUUUUCUUCAUCUGAAUGUUCAGAUAUACAUUUAACAAAAGAAAUCAUUAUGGGAUAAUUUUACCUUAAUUAAUCAUUAGUGUAGAAGUCCUAAAUAGUCUAGGGGUGUAACAAAACUUUGUAUCUGAUUUGUUGACGUCAUUCAAAUUGUUUGGAAAUCAUAUAGAUGUCUAUGUCUUCUGUUUAAGGAAAAAAAUUACACCUGUGGAA